AUGUGCACCUACCAAUACAUGGAGUACAGCUGCGGCCACUGCAGGACCAUUGUGUCGGAGUGGUGCAGCCGGUACAGAGGAGCACUCCAGUCGCACAUCAGAUGCCGGCCAGAGAUCCGAUAUCACACCACCAACGACUCCCUCUGUUCUUAUUGUAAAGAGCAACAAAUGCCAAAGCCUGCCUGGAUGCCUCCUAAGCCACAAGAGGGCUCACGGACGUACGUGGGCCUCUACAAGGCCCGAUGA